CCAACUUAACUACUCCAGAGUUCAGCGGCUCCAGCCUACGCAUCUAAAGUGGAUAAUAAUAGAUUACAGAUGAAAUCAUGAAAACCAAAAUUCCUCAAUCGAUUUCAGCAUAAACAGGAGAAGGUAAGUGACCUUGUAGCGACUUUCUCCUUCACUGAUUUUGUUUUCAUAUGUUUCUCUAAUGUUAUAGUCUCUCCCUCUCUCUCUCUCUCUCUCUCUCUCUCUCUCUCUCUCUCUCUGCAACCCAAGUUCUUCAUGGAACCCAAGUUCUUGUUUUCUUCCCCAAAUGCUUCUUCUUCUACACCAUUUCCUCUAUUUCUCUCAUAUCCAUCAUCUUCAUUUCGUGAAAAACCCAACUUCUCUGUAAAAGGGCGUCUCUCAUUCUCUACCCACUUGUCGGAUAAGACUUCAUUUUUGGGUAAAAGUUUGGUUUCACAUGGGAAGCUUGAACUGGGUAACCGUAGUAAAAUCCAUCUCCCAAUUCACCCAAUAACGGCCGUUGUGAAGAGAAGGAAGGAGCUUCCCUUGGACAACGUUAUCCAACGUGACAAGAAGCUGAAACUGGUAAUGAAGAUAAGGAAGAUUUUAGUGAGCCAACCCAAUCGGAUUAUGGCGCUUAGAGAUAUGGGUAGGUACAGAAAGGAACUAGGUCUCAACCGAAAACGUCGACUUAUUGCGCUGUUGAAGCGGUUUCCGGCGGUUUUUGAGAUUGUGGAAGAAGGGGUUUAUUCACUUCAGUUCAAAUUGGCCCCAGAGGCUGAAAGGCUUUACUUGGAGGAAUUGAAAGUGAGGAAUGAAAUGGAAGGAUUGUUGGUUGAGAAGUUGAGGAAAUUCUUGAUGAUGUCUUUAGAUAAGCGGAUUCUGUUAGAGAAGAUUGCGCAUUUGAGGACUGAUCUUGGGCUGCCUUUAGAAUUCAGGGAUACAAUCUGUAGAAGAUACCCCCAAUAUUUCAAGGUUGUUCCUACUGAUAAGGGCCCUGCUUUGGAACUUACCCACUGGGAUCCUGAGCUGGCUGUUUCUGCUGCUGAACUUAGUGAAGAAGAAAAUCGAGCGAAAGAGAGAGAAGAAAUGAAUUUGAUCAUCGAUAGGCCCCCCAAGUUCAAUAGAGUAAAGCUACCCAAGGGUCUGAACCUCUCCAAGGGAGAGAUGAGGAGGGUUUCUAUCUUUAGAGAAAUGCCUUAUAUAUCCCCCUAUUCUGACUUUUCAGAAUUGAAGUCUGGUACACUAGAGAAAGAGAAGCAUGCAUGUGGUGUUAUUCAUGAGAUCUUGAGCCUCAUGAUUGAGAAGAGAACACUUGUGGAUCACCUGACUCAUUUCAGAGAGGAGUUUAGGUUCUCUCAACAGCUGAGGGGAAUGCUGAUCAGACAUCCUGAUAUGUUUUAUGUAUCUUUGAGGGGAGAUAGAGAUUCAGUUUUCUUGCGGGAGGCCUAUCGUGAUUCUCAGUUGAUUGAGAAGGAUCGAUUAUUGCUAAUCAAGGAGAAGCUUCGAUCACUUGUUACAGUUCCUAGAUUCCGAAGUAGGUGUGCUCCCAAGAUUGAUGGAACCAAUGGUGAUGGGGCUGAAGGUGCCCAGAAAUCACAAGAAAGUGGUGAAGAGUGGUCUGAUGUUGAUGAUGUUGAUAAUCUAUUGAGUGAUGAGGUUGAUGAUGAUGGUGAUGAUUAUGGUGAUGAUGAGGAUGACUGGAGUGAUGAAGAUGAUGAGACGCCCCCAGAUUUUGACGACGAUGAUGGUGCAAGCAUAACUCUUGGACAGACCAAAGCACUUAAUCAAGCUGAAACCUCAAGGCAAAAUGAAGAUAAGGCACUUGUUCCCACAUUCCCAGAUGGUCGGCCAAGAGAACGGUGGUGAGAAGAGCAAUAAGUUUUUAUUGUUGUUUUUGUUUUGUUUUUUUUUUUUAAAGAUCUUGAAGGUGUCAUCCCAGGACAAUGUGACUCAGAUGCUUUUGAAUUACAUGUUUCUGAAAUUUGACAUGGUGCUCAGUUGUCCUUGAA